AUGGCGAGAACUAUCGCACCUGAGAAUGCCAUGUCUCUCUGGCAAUGUCCCACAGGGACCAAGAUGCACAUUCUCAACCUAGGAAGUUUAGAUGUUGACGAGGGAUGGCUUCUUCUAGGUGCCAAUGGAGGUUCUUCGAGCAAUCCAAACCCCACGAAUAAGCGUCGAAAGCUCAUGUUGAUUGCUGGAUUGUUGGAACAUCCCACUGAAGGUCUCAUUCUUUUCGAGACGGGCAGUGCGGAGGACGUCGAGAAGGAGUGGGGAGCACAAGCAACCGACAUGUUUCCACGGACGGAUUACGAUGUUUGUCACAAGCUACCAGAAGCCAUAAAGUCCACAGGGAACGACAUCAAGGACGUUCGGGCCGUCAUUAUCGGCCACUUGCACAUGGACCACGCUGGGGGACUAGAGCAUUUUUUUGAUACAGACGUUCCUAUCUAUGUGCAUGAAGUCGAAUUUCAAUAUGCGUGCUGGGCGGUUGCUACGAAGCACGAAGGGGGCCUGUUUCUAUUGAAUUGGCAAACGUUGAACGAAGCACAGGUCAAUCUGUUUCAGGGCAUCACACUGCAUCACGCUCCUGGCCAUACACCUGGGCUAUAUGCUAUGCAGGUCAACCUCGAGAACGACGGAACCUGGUUAUGGACGACAGAUCAGUAUCACGUUCGUGAGAACUAUGACCUUGAACACCCCCAUGGGUGGUUGAUUAGAGACUACAAAGCUUGGAUCAAUUCAAGCAGGCGGCUCAAGAGUAUACAGAAACGGUUCCAAGCCAAAGUCAUUUUUGGCCAUGAUUAUGAUGUCGCCGACGCCUUUAUCAAAGCAAAGAAGUACUAUGACUAG